CUUCUCCGCAUUUCAUUUUCACUUCACACUUCACACAUUUCUGCAUCCAUGGCUUCUUCACUAGGUCGAAGAAGAACCCACGCUCCCAAGUCAUCUCCAACCCUAAACGACGACGUUUGCUGCGAGGAAUGUGGCUCCGGCCACGCCCCUACGAAGCUCCUCCUCUGCGACAAAUGUGACGGAGGCUACCACCUCUUCUGCCUCCGUCCCAUCCUCCACUCCGUUCCCAGAGGCUCCUGGUUCUGCCCCUCUUGCUCCAAUCGAAAACCCAAAUCUUUUCCCCUUGUCCAGACCAAAAUCAUUGACUUCUUUCGGAUUCAGCACUCAUCGGUGACGUCGUCAAAUCAAGAUGCGAGGAAGAAGCGGAAGCGGGGUGGGAGCUUGGUGGUGUCUAAGAAAAAGAGGAAGCUUUUGGCGUUUGUGCCGAGUGAGGAUCCGAAGAGGAGAUUGGAGCAGAUGGCGUCGCUGGCGACGGCGUUGACGGCAACGAAGGCGGAGUUCAGCAAUGAGCUUACUUACAUUCCGGGAAUGGCGCCACGGUCAGCUAAUUCCCCUGCUCUUGAGCGUGGUGGAAUGCAGGUUAUGUCAAAGGAAGACACCGAGACCUUAAACCUGUGCAGAAGUAUGAUGGAAAGAGGGGAAUGGCCACCCCUCAUGGUUGUUUUUGAUCCUCUAGAAGGGUUCACUGUAGAAGCAGAUAGACCCAUCAAAGAUUUAACUAUAAUAACAGAAUAUGUUGGAGAUGUGGACUUUUUGAAGAAUAGGGAAAAUGAUAACGGAGAUAGCAUAAUGACACUUCUUUCAGCUUCUGAUCCUUCACGUACACUUGUCAUCUGUCCAGACAAACAUAGCAACAUAGCACGUUUCAUUAACGGCAUCAAUAAUCACACACCAGAGGGAAAAAAGAAGCAGAACUUAAAAUGCGUGAGAUUUAACGUUGGAGGUGAAUGUCGGGUUCUUUUAAUUGCCAAUAGAGAUAUUACAAAAGGGGAAAGGUUGUACUAUGACUACAAUGGAGAUGAACAUGAAUAUCCAACUGAACAUUUUGUCUGAUUGCAUUGUUUUUUUCAUUAAAAGUAAGCAAAUCUUCUGAAAAGGAGGGAGUUGUUAGCUCUUAUUUUUUUGUUCACCACCAUAAAAUGGUUGUGGUGUAACUGUUCAGGCAUGUGUAUCCUGUACACCUUCUGAGUCGAACAUGUACCCAUGUUAUUGUAUGGUUUUUAUCCUUCAAUUAUUUUUUGAACUGUUUAUUGAGACAACACAUCAGAUUAGUGUCUGAUUUUAUUUGUAUAUGCAAUUACAAAGCAUAUUGUUAGAAAAACAU